UCCGCAGUCCAGCCAUUGUAACCCCAGUUUGUGGCUAUGUUGGCAAAGCUUCUUUUUAAAUGACAAGAAGGUACCCGGACAUACUCAUAGGAUUCUCUAGUAAUCUCAAUUACCACGAACAGCCUUUGCUACUUUUCUUCAUAGCACAUUUACACCUUCGUACCAUAGAAAGCCAUCAGUAGCAAUAAUGUCGGGACAAGAAGCGGGCGAGUCAUCAAACUCAGCUACAAAAGCACCGAGCAAGGAACAAGAAGCCCAACAAGAAAGAGAUAUCAAUUCAUCCGACAACCAAGAAGUACCACCACCACCCUACACCUCAACAGCAGCAUCAUCAUCAUCUACCGCACGACCAGACAACAUGAUACCCCUCUACGACGACGUAGAAUCCGAUAUGCUCGCCCUUGCCACCGGCGACCCCAAUGAAAUCGUCCCAGUCCCCAUGAUUCACAGCACCGAGAAGCAAUCCUUCCGCAACCUCAUCCGCGGCCGCACCGUCGUCACUCGGACAGUCAUCGUGCGCAAGAUGCCGCGAUCCUACUACCUCGCGCACUACGCCAAAGACGCGCAGGGGAACUACGUGGGGACGGGGAAGCCGGCAGCGGAUGCGGGAUUGGUGUUCGUGCCGUCGAAGAGCACGCCAGGCGACGUACUGGAGCAGGUGAGGACCGUGGCGUUUGGUAAGGAGCACAGCAUUGAUGGGUGGGUGCUUCCGGCCGGGUUGGCGGCGAUUGCUAUGUGCUAGCUUGUCUUCUAUUCAUUGCGUUUGAAGCUUCGUUUAAGAUUAUUGUCUGCUUGGGUUGUUGAGAAUGAGGGGAGUUCAGUCAUGGGAGUGAGAGUCGUUCUGGCGCAUAAGAAUACCUACUUUGAUCUCUUUCAUGGCAAAGAAUCGAAUUUCGAAUCGGAAAUUAAGUCUAGAUCUAU